AUUGAAAAAUAGACAAGCAGUCAGUGAAGUGUUGCUGCCCAAAUGGUGGAAAGUUGCAGUACUUUGUUUUUCACACCAAAUUUUCUUUUGCAGGAUUCCCCAUUUUGUGUUGUGCAGUUCCAAUCCUGAUGCUCCAGAACAGCAAACUGCUGACCAAGUGAAGUCUUCAGUGGCUUCUGGACACAGCUCUGAGUUUUGAACCUUUAGGAAAUGCAUUUACCACGGAGGAGGCGGCUACGGAGGAACAGAAUCCUUUUCUUGCUUGCCAUAGUGUUGGUCCUCUCUUUCUGCCAGCUCCAGUUCAGCCCCUCUGCCCUUCCAGCAUCACACAGAGCCCCCCAACGCACAGACCCUGCCAAAGUGACCUCCAGGGAGCUCCCCAGCAACAAGACUGCUGUAAGAGGCAAUGCCACAGCACCCAAAAUAAGGCACUGCAUCUACGUGGAUCCUGAGCCAGCUGUGCCCGUCACCACGUCAGUGGGUACAACACCACAGCAAGAAAAUGCCAGUGAAAGCUCCCCAGAUGAAAAACCACCCUAUGAGUCCAAAGGAGAAUAUCCCCAAGACCUGUUCAGUGUGGAAGAACGCAGGCAAGGGUGGGUUGUACUUCACAUCUUUGGCAUGAUAUAUGUAUUUGUGGCCUUGGCCAUAGUGUGUGAUGAGUAUUUUGUCCCUGCUUUGGGAGUGAUCACUGAGAAGUUGCAGAUCUCUGAAGAUGUGGCUGGAGCCACCUUCAUGGCAGCAGGUGGAUCAGCACCAGAACUCUUCACGUCCCUUAUAGGUGUCUUCAUCUCACACAGCAAUGUCGGCAUCGGUACCAUUGUGGGCUCAGCAGUGUUUAAUAUCCUCUUUGUCAUUGGCACCUGUGCCCUCUUCUCGAGGCAGAUACUCCACCUGACAUGGUGGCCCUUAUUUAGAGACAUCACAUUCUACAUUGUAGACUUACUGAUGCUCAUCCUGUUUUUCCUAGACAGUGUCAUUGAUUGGUGGGAAAGCCUCCUUUUACUGACUGCCUAUGCCGCAUACGUGUUCACCAUGAAACAGAACGUGUUCCUGGAGCAAUGGGUGAAGCAGGAGCUGAAAAAGAAGCUAAAUGCUGUGCAGGCAGCAUCAGCAGAGCAUAUGCAGAAGACAAGCAGGGCAGUUGUAGAUGAUGGAACAAUGAAACCACCAGAUGGGAGGAAGCUGAAGCCUGGGCCAGCCCUGCAGCGGGGCAGCAGCUCGGCCUCCCUGCACAACUCCCAGAUGCGCGGCACCAUCGUCCAGCUCAUGAUCCACACCCUGGACCCCCUGGCAGAAGCAAAAUUUAAAGACAGGGUUGACAUCCUGAGCAACAUGGCCAAGGCCAAGGCUGAGACCCUGGAAGGACAAGGCUCCCAGCCAGAAGAGGGAAAGAAAGCACCAAGCAGCGUCAAGGUAACUCCUGCCAGUGACUCUGAGCCCAGCAAAGACACACAGAAGGGAGAUGUGCCACAGGAUGGACAGGUGCACCCCCUGUCAAGCAGUGACACCUCAGAUAACAGCAGCUCUGAGAGCCAGGAGGACAGUGAUGGUGACAGCACAGAGGAUGAUGAAAACGAUGAGCCCUUAUCUCUGGAAUGGCCAGAAUCAAGGACAAAACAAGCAAUUUACCUUUUCCUCUUUCCCAUUGUCUUUCCUCUCUGGAGCACUCUGCCUGAUGUCAGAAACUCGGAAUCAAAAAAAUUCUUUGUCAUCACAUUUUUUGGAUCCAUCCUCUGGAUUGCUGCGUUCUCUUAUCUCAUGGUGUGGUGGGCUCACCAGGUUGGUGAAACAAUUGGGAUAUCAGAGGAAAUUAUGGGAUUAACCAUACUGGCAGCAGGCACAUCCAUCCCUGACCUCAUCACCAGUGUCAUCGUGGCCCGGAAGGGCUUGGGGGACAUGGCUGUGUCCAGCUCUGUGGGCAGCAACAUCUUUGACAUCACUGUUGGCCUGCCAGUUCCCUGGUUCCUUUUUUCUAUCUUCAAUGGCCUCAGCCCCGUGGCAGUCAGCAGCAAUGGUUUGUUUUGUGCAAUUGUUCUCCUUUUCCUCAUGCUCCUGUUUGUGAUUCUCUCUAUUGCUGUCUGUAAAUGGAAAAUGAACAAAUUACUGGGGCUCACCAUGUUUGCUCUUUACUUUGUGUUUCUGAUCAUCAGUGUGAUGUUAGAGGACAAGAUGAUAUCCUGCCCAGUAUCUGUAUGACA